GACGUAUCCCCAUAACUAUGAAGCUCAGUUGUCCUCUCGAUUCUAGAAAACUACCCAAACGGAUGAGACGGUGGAUCGAUCUGCAUGAAGUGCGUUUAAACGUAAACGUUUUGUUGGGUCAUGCAGCCAAAACUGUGCAGUAGACUGCGAGUGAAGAACUAUCUUUACUCGAUUGUGCCCAGUCGCCUAGACCCGGACGAACAUCGCGACCAUAACGAGCCCAGUUCUUCCAUUACCGCCGCCCCGGAACAUAACCGGCUGCAGGAGAGGAUCUCGAGUGGAACCAGUGCUGCCAUGGAUGACAACCAGGGGCGCGAUGAAGAACUCACACCAAAAAGCACCCAACCACUAAAGAGGGUAAAUGCUGAGCCGCAAGGGCAAACUAAUUGAUGGAGGAAAAUUUGAAAUGUAAACCUUUAAUAAAUUGAACUAAAAUCAAAUAAAACCAACUUAAGGGAAUAUAAUUACACAUUAAGUGCUAGCCAGAUUUCUCUUUGAGCUAAAUCCAUUUGCGACUAUAAAGAACACAGUAACGAGCGAAUCAACUUCCUGUAGGUAAUAAUUCCUGCGAGUAAUCCCCAAUUAGUUUCGCAGAUCCUUUGGCAGGUAAACUAAGCCCACAAACGACUGCAGGAUGGCCGCUUGGCCUGAUGGCCGGUGCGGUCCGCAAAGUCCACUCCUUCCAUCUGAUCGACGUGCGGCGAAGGCAAUCCCUGAAUCCCAGGCGACGUGUGUGUCAGCUGCAUUGUGGGCCCACUGUCUCCUCUCGACCGGUUGCCAGCAGCUAAACGGGCUAAUUGAAAUGCAACUCGAAGGCAGAGUGCCCGAUGUCCGAUGUCCUAGACUCCACCCCACGACCCCUCUGAGGUGUGCACAUUCAAGGCGGCCUUCAAAAUAUAGAUGGUAAUCGAUAGCCGAUUACUUAGGGAGCCCUGGUUGAAAAUCGUGGUAACGCUUUUUUAAAUACUGAAAAUUGGUGAUAUAAAAAUAUCCUU